CAAAAUUCGUUGCCAAAUUACAACAUGGAACAAGAGAUUGCCAAUAUCAACACCGACAUGAACACCAGCAUAUGUGAGCUCUGUACCUGCAGAGAUGAGACACUGUCGUGUGUUGGUCUCAGCCCAGAGAAGAGACUCCGCCGAGUGCCUGUGCAGGAGCCUGAAGCCUAUAAUGGCACCUUCACCGUCUUAAAUUUCCAAGGAAAUGCUAUUUCUUACAUUGAUGAGAAUGUAUGGAAAUCAUACCGUUGGACUGAGAAACUAAUUCUCAGUGAAAAUCAUUUGACCGAAUUACAUAAAGAUUCAUUUGAAGGCCUGCUAUCCCUCCAGUAUUUAAAUCUUGGUUGCAAUUUAAUCACUGAACUGAGCUUCGGAACGUUUCAGGCGUGGCAUGGAAUGCAAUUUUUACACAAGGUAAUUCUCAAUCGUAAUCCUCUGACAACUGUUGAAGAUUCAUAUCUUUAUAAAUUGCCAGCAUUAAAAUAUCUAGACAUGGGAACAACACAAGCCCCACUUACAACAGUCGAGAACAUCCUCAUGACAACUCUUGAGUUGGAAAAACUGAUCUUACCUAGCCAUAUGGCCUGCUGCCUCUGCCAAUUUAAAAAUAAUAUUGAGGUUGUCUGCAAGACAGUGAAGCUACAUUGUGAUGCAUGUAUAGGAAACAGCACAGAAGAUUGUUGGAGCCCCUAUCAACAGCAACACCUGUGGAUUCGGCUGCUGAAGGUGGUGAGGAAAGUGAGACCGCGCCAGAGGGGGAGGACUAAGAGUGAUCCAGCCUGCCUAAGGCCACCUGCAAACUGUAUUUUCUAA